AUGGAUCAAAAAUAGAAGAUGCAACACCUUAUGAACAAUUUCAUGAAGAAGGAAUAAACAAAGCAAAGUCAGGUGACGAUUAAGUUGUAUGUGAAUAAUGAGUUUUCAUAAUAAAUUUAAUAUCCCACUUGCAAUUAGACCGCCACUCAAUUGGUUGGUUACUUGCGAAACUUGCUUAAUCAGACUUAGAUUGUAGGGUUUCAGAGCUUGGAAAGUAAUAUUCAUCUAGAUUACUACUUAACAACAAAUAAGGAUUUGGGAGUAUUGAGUAAUCAAACUCUCUCUUUAAAGCCUUUGUAUGGGAUAUAUCAGAAUGCGAUCAACUUGGAUUCCUUUUAUUUUUUGUAAUGCAUAGGGAUAGGUGGAUUCAGCAGAGUCUAUUUGGUUAGAUAUAAGUUUAACGGCUAAUUUAUGGCAUUGAAGAUGAUUUCAAAAUCAUUCAUUGAGUAAAAUGACAAAUUUCAGAUUGUUCAGAAUGAAAGAGAUAUUAUGGUGCAUCUGGCCAACAAUAAUAAUUCGCAUCCAAAUCUUUGUAAAUUGUUGUGCUCCUUUGAAACCAAAAAUUGGGUAUGUUUUGCAAUGGAAUACUGUCCUGGCGGUGAAUUGUUCUAACAAUUGAAGAGAGUGAAGAGGAUGGAUGAAUAAUAGGCAAAAUUCUAUUUUAGUCAAGUGUGUAUGGCAAUCCAUCACUUACAUGAAAACAAGGUCAUUUACAGAGAUAUCAAGCCUGAGAAUAUCCUUAUAGAUGCAGAAGGACACAUUAAAUUGGCUGAUUUCGGAUUGGCCAAACCCAAUGUCGAAGAUGACAAAUUGGCAUACUCCUUUUGUGGUUCUCCAGAAUACAUGGCUCCAGAGAUGCUGUUGAAAUUGGGACACAAUUAUUAGAUUGAUCAUUAUUGUCUAGGAGCACUCCUAUACGAACUAUUGACAGGGUUGCCUCCCUAUUAUUCUAACAAUCCAGAACAAAUAUACUAGAAUAUUUUGUAGCAUGAUCUCCCUUUGCCAAAUAAGAAUAUAAGUGCUGAGGCCAGAGAUUUAAUAUCUAAGUUGUUGUAGAAAGACAUGCAAUAUAGAUUGGGAAGAAAUUACGGAAUCUACGAAGUAUUGAAACACCCUUGGUUAUAAGAAUUCAAUUUAUAUAAAUUGAUUAAUAGAUCUUAUGAUCCUCCAUUCAAACCAGAUCUAUUUAAAAUGAACUUUGAUCAAAAGGAAAUAGUUAGUGGAGAAAAUCAGUUUUAGAAGGAAUUAUAAAAGUCAAUCAAUUCUGAAGCAGAAAGCAUUUUUAGUCCUUUCUUCCACAAUUUCUAUUAUUCAUCAUUUUCUUGCAAAUAACCUUAAAGGUCCUCCUCAAUUACCCAAAUAAAUAUCUCGAAUGCUGACGACAAAUUCACUAAUAUAUUACUGAGUACAACUAAAUCUAAACAUGCUUCUUAGGCUCAUUCAUCGUCUAGUCAAUCUUAAUUGAAGAAGAAGAAAGUCACAUAGAACGAUGUUGAGAAUAAAGAGAACUUAGUCAAGAAUAACACUUAGAUGAUGUUGAAAGCUGGGGCUAAACACAAGAAAAAUAAUUAAAGUAUGCCCGAUAACGUUUUGAAUGUUCAACAAAAUGAAUUGAGAUCAUAUUCAUCUUAAAAAGUAAAUGAACAAUUACAAAAACUUGCAAAUACUUAUUAAACCAAUCAAUUGAAAUCGCCUUCAAUUGAAAAUGAUGAAUAAAAGUAAUAAAAAUUAUUAUUUGGUGAAAAUAAAUAGCUUAAUAAAAAUUAGUCUAAUUAAUGUUCUCUUAUCAGAUAUUUUAAAUAAUGA